AUAACCGACACCUCGUGCGACGUCACUAAUGACACGUAUUCAAAAUGGCGGCCGCGGCUAUGGAGACGUGGUUGGCCUUGCUGCUGUUGGCCUUGUUGCCUGUGGUGCGGCCCUUCUAUGUUCCCGGAGUUGCUCCCAGGGACUUCCAAGAGGGUGAGGCUGUAGAUAUUAAGGCAGUGAAGCUGACCAGCUCCCGGACCCAGCUUCCUUAUGAAUACUACUCCCUCCCUUUCUGUAAGCCAGAAUCUGUUUUCUACAAGGGAGAGAACCUGGGUAAGUGGACUGCUGUGGACAUUAUUGCAGAUAACCUGCCAGUUGCCACCAGAUUAGAAUUCUACCCCAACAGAGAGGCAGGAGGUGAAGGUGAGGAGCAGAAGAGAAAAGAGGAUGUGGUGAAAGAUGUCCAGUUUGAACAUGGCUACAGACUGGGCUUUGUCGACAACAACAAGUAUUAUUUACACAACCACCUGUCCUUCAUCCUGUACUUCCACCGGGAGAAGCUGGAAGAGGGGGAAAUUCACGACUACAGGGUGGUGCGGUUUGAAGUUGUACCCCAAAGUGUAAAAGUGGAAGAUCUGAAAGCAGUGAAAUCAGACCAGACUUGCACCUUGCCAGAGGCCAGUGGCUCUGCACCCCAGGAGAUUGACCCAACUAGGGAGAACAAUGUUCUCUUCACCUACUCGGUCCACUGGGAGGAGAGCGAGGUGAAGUGGGCGUCUCGAUGGGACACUUACUUGACCAUGAGUGAUGUCCAGAUUCACUGGUUCUCCAUUGUCAACUCUGUGGUGGUCGUCUUCUUCCUUUCUGGUAUUCUGAGUAUGAUCAUUAUCAGGACCUUGAGGAAGGACAUCGCUAACUACAACAGAGAAGAUGACAUUGAGGACACCAUGGAGGAGUCGGGAUGGAAGAACGUCCACGGUGACGUCUUCAGGCCGCCUCAGUAUCCUAUGAUCCUCAGCUCUCUGCUGGGCUCGGGGAUCCAGCUCUUCUGCAUGAUCCUCAUCGUCAUCUUCGUUGCCAUGUUGGGCAUGUUGUCUCCAUCCAGCAGAGGGGCCUUGAUGACCACUGCUUGCUUCCUUUUCAUGUUCAUGGGUGUGUUUGGUGGCUUCUUUGCUGGAAGACUGUAUCGCACACUGAAGGGCCAUCGGUGGAAGAAAGGAGCUUUUUGUACGGCGACUUUGUAUCCUGCAGUGGUUUUUGGAAUUUGCUUCAUCCUCAACUGUUUCAUCUGGGGAGAACAUUCGUCUGGAGCGGUUCCCUUCACCACGAUGCUGGCUCUGCUGUGUAUGUGGUUCGGUAUCUCCAUGCCCUUGGUCUACCUGGGCUACUACUUUGGCUUUCGCAAACAGCCUUACGAUAACCCAGUACGCACCAAUCAGAUCCCUCGGCAGGUCCCGGAGCAGCGCUGGUACAUGAACAAGUUUGUUGGAAUCCUGAUGGCUGGGAUCCUGCCAUUUGGGGCUAUGUUCAUCGAGCUCUUCUUCAUAUUCAGUGCCAUCUGGGAGAAUCAGUUCUAUUAUCUUUUCGGCUUCCUGUUCCUGGUUUUCAUCAUUUUGGUGGUGUCCUGCUCUCAGAUCAGCAUCGUCAUGGUUUAUUUCCAGCUCUGUGCAGAGGACUACCGGUGGUGGUGGAGGACUUUUCUUGUUUCAGGAGGAUCAGCUUUCUACGUCCUUGUUUACGCUGUCUUCUACUUUGUCAACAAGCUGGACAUCGUGGAAUUCAUCCCCUCCCUCUUGUACUUCGGCUACACAACCCUGAUGGUGCUGUCGUUCUGGCUGCUCACGGGCACGAUUGGUUUCUACGCAGCCUACAUGUUCAUCAGGAAAAUCUACGCUGCAGUCAAGAUCGACUGAGUUGUCAACACAGCUGCUGUUUUUUGGGGGGUUUUGUUCAUUUUUUUGUCACAGUUCUUUGUUUUGUUUUUUUAAUAUAUAUUUUUAUCAUUCAUGUCAAACAAGCACUGACUUGUGUUUAUAGGGAACAAGAGGGGAGUUUUCAUGGUAUAACAGCCCAACCCACUGGCGUCACGGGGAAGAACAGCAUGUGGCAGAGCUAAACCAGCUGUCUCUCUUUCUCCCCCCCCCCCUCUCCCUGGCUUCUUUCACCCUCCUCUCUCCAGGGCAGAGACUCAGACAGUUUAUGUCUUCUGCUGUUUCACCUUGCACACAACACAGUGGGCCAAAGCUUGUCUAAUGAUGGUUUCUGCACAUUUUCGUCUCGUCUUUUCGUUUUUGUGACUCUAACUUAUCCAGGUUUUUAUUUUUGCCAUCCCAGGAUUUAUCUCUGACUUAAUUUCUUAUCAUCAUCUCCUGGGAAGUUAUUUUCAUCUGAUGUCUUCACAUACAUUUUGUCUUUGCUUUUUCCACUGUUUCAAAUGUGACUUCAUGGAGGAGACUUUGUUGUGUCUUGCUCAUAUGGAUGUAAGUUAUGCUGGGGAGUCCUACAUUGUAACACAAGAAAGGAUAAAUUAAAUGUUCUCUUAUUUUUUACUUUAAAUUCCAUGUCCUGGUGUGACCAUAUUAACCACCUCUGUAAUCAAAAUGUUAGCUUCUUUCUCCAAAUCAAAGAGUCUUUAAUUAAAGUCAAAAUACUGGUUCAUUGUUCUAAAUGAUAUACAACAGCUCUGAAGCCGAUGCUCUGAACAGUGGAGUGAAGCCACUGGAGCCGGAGAAAAGGAAAAGCUGCGGUUGACGCGGAAACGACGAGGAGCAGUAACCUGUUGGGAUGGAAUGUCUGCAACACAAAGGCCAAGUUUGAAGCUUUUGCAGUGGGAACGUACAGAACGCACAUUGAAGCGCUCUGUCUGCACCCUGAGCAUCGCUGGAUGUCUGCUGAACUAUGCAGCAAUGGAGAGAAGUGCAGCAUCGCUGGCUUUGAUGCUUGUUUCAAAGGACCGCUUUGUCAGGAAAUACCACGUUUAAAACUAAUGUACAAGGCAUUUUGUGUAUAAUCAACAAGAUCACCUGUGUCUCUACCAGUGAUGGCAGGCUAAUUCUGAUAGUGCUUUGGUAUCAUGAGAUGAGCUCUUAAAUGUUAUCCACAGUGUUCUUAUCAGAUUUGUACAGCCGAUGUCUUUGUGUAGACCGACCACUCAUCCUUGCAUCUUGCACUUUUUCUUUAUUUUUCAGCUAAAAGACAUAAAAUGCAUUUAGAACAUGUGUGGAGCCUGAUAAAAUGUGACUUUACAAGCUGCUCUCGUUAACGGCUUCUCAUUGGCAAUCAAUCCGUUAGCCAGAUAGCUUAGCAUAGCUUAGCCUAAGGAAUGGAAAUGGGAACAACUAAUCUAGGGUGUUCAAAAGUAACAAAAUCCAAUCACUGGUUCCGCAAAAGUUUUACAAAUUUUAAAAUGUGUUCUAUUUCUUGUUGAAUGUGUCCAGAUUUAUCUUGUAAUGUCUUGGCCCUGCUCAGUGAGAAGAUGGUUCUAAUUUAGAAGGUUUAAAGGUGCUAGACUGAGCCAGGCCAGCUGUCCUCCUGUUCCCAAUCUUAAUGCUAAACUAAGCUAAUCUGCUGCUGACUAGCUUCAUAUUUAGCAUGAGAGACACCGGUCUUCUCAUGUAACUCUUUGCGAGAAGUGUAUAUUUUGAGAAAUGUUAAAUUGAUCUUUUACUGAUGUCUCCGUUGAAUUCCACUAUUGUGUAAAUCUUGAGUCUGUUGGUCUCGGCUAACAGAUGAGACGGCUCCUGCAGAUCACUGGUUUGCUGUUGCAGUUUACGAGUGGCUGAGAUGUUACUGCUAAUUCAGAGAGAGUACUCUAAAGACUGAAUGUUAGCACAGACCUGAGAAGUCCAUUUUUUUAUCAAGCGUCGCUCCUUCUACACAAAUGCAUCUUUAAAAUGAAACUAAGCUGAACCCUCCCAACAUGCAGUGCUCCCUGAGCCCCUCUACGUUUAUUGGACUUUAUCACAGACUUUUUUGGAGACCAUCACACAAAUUUAGUGAAUCAUCGCAGCUUCACUUGAUCUGUUUUUUUGGUUGGUUUUUUUUCUUUCUAUGUACUGCUAGCAGGCGUUUUUUGCACAGAAGCAAAGGUGACAUGUUGUCGUCAGGUUGUACAGUGAAGGAACAGGUGCCUGCAUCAACCCUGAUUCUCCAGGGCUAAAACAAAGAAAGAAAGAAUGAAUGCCUCCUCCCCCUGAGCCUUCUCCCCCCCGUCAUUAACACCUAAUGAGCGGCUCAGAGAGAGCAAGACGUAGCCAAAAAUAUUUAAGUUGCCCCUGCCACAUGCUUCAAGAUGCACCAGCAUCAACUCAAAUGAGUGCAUUCCUGUAACAACCAUGACUCCCCGUUCCAUCCAGCGGCAUCAUCUCUGUACCACUGUUCCACCCUCUGUAUUGUGUCAGAGUCACUGAGCUCUGGCAAUCCAGCUGCUGUUUUUGGCAGACACCGCUCUCCUGCUGUUGGAAGUGCACACGACAGGGGAGACCUUUUUUACAGACAGACUUUAACGUGGCCCGAGUCAUGCGUGCGUAUGUAUGAUCGAGGGGUUUACGAUGUAAAUAAAAGAACAUGGCUUUGUAUUUGUUUGCGUUUGGCUGUUUGUGGCACUCUAUAAUGAUUCCUGUCAUCGUUUUAGCCAAAAGCAUGACGCUCAUGAUGACUUGGAAAGGAACCUGUUUGUGUUACUUCUCUCUGUGUUGCUUUUACAGAAUGUCCAAUAACAAAAUGUACAAUGACAAAAACAAUAAAGUGAUGACAAGUUGAAUAUGAA